AUGUUAACAAAAAAGCUUCCCCCUUUGGAGAGAUUCCUCUUACUGGUCUCCAGACGUGCCAGUCACCUUGCCCGGCAGCAUUAUGAUGUCAUCGUGGUGGGUGGGGGUCAUGCAGGCACCGAAGCAGCAUCGGCGGCAUCCCGAGUGGGAGCGCGGACGUUGUUGGUUACGCAGAAAGUACACACCAUUGGUGCUUUGUCGUGCAACCCUUCCCUGGGCGGAAUCGGGAAGGGUCACCUGGUGAAGGAGGUCGAUGCAUUGGACGGUGUGUGCGGUCGAGCAGGCGACUGGGCCGGCAUCCAUUUUUCCAUCUUGAAUCGCAGGAAGGGUCCGGCUGUGUGGGGGCCACGGGCCCAGCUGGACCGACAACUCUACCGUCAAUUCAUUCAGUCCGAGCUUCAGUCGACUCCGCGUCUGACGGUGCAGGAGGGAUCUGUGGAGGAGCUUCUUGUUACAGAACCGAACCCGGAAAAACCUGGAUAUCACAAAGUCACUGGGAUACGUUUAGCAGGUGCAAGCCUCCCGAUCUCAGCCCAGUCUAUAGUUCUAACCACUGGGACCUUCCUAUCGGGCUCCCUCUUCAUGGGUCAGAACACAACCCCAGGUGGGCGUAUUGGAGACGCCCCGUCCAGUUCCGGAAUGUCCCGCACAUUGAGGGAGCGUCUCGGGCUGAAGAUGGGUCGACUCCGGACGGGUACCCCUCCCAGAAUAGUGAAGGCUUCGGUGGACUUUGACCAGGCGAAAUUGCAUCCAGCCGAUAGUUUGCCAACUCCCUUCAGCUUCAUCAAUAGUCGCGUUCGUUGCAAGGCCGAGGAGCAACUGCCAUGCCAUUUGACUUUUACCACACCGGGUGUGGAUCAAGUGGUGAAGGAAAGUCUUCAUCUCAACUGUCACAUACAACAGGACACCAAGGGCCCCAGGUACUGCCCCUCAAUCGAAGCGCGAGUAAUUCGCUUUCCGGGCCGACAACAUCAAGUAUGGCUGGAACCUGAGGGGCUGACCUCUGACCUGGUGUACCCACAAGGUCUGUCUAUGACGAUGCCCCCGGAGAUGCAGUUGCGCUUGAUAAGAGAAAUCCCGGCCUUGCACAGAGCUGAAAUCCACACCGCGGGCUAUGGAGUACAGUACGACUUUGUGUGCCCUACACAGCUAAGCCCCGCCCUACAAGUGAAAAGCACCCAAGGUCUUUUCCUCGCCGGGCAGAUUAACGGGACUACCGGGUAUGAAGAGGCUGCUGCUCAGGGCUUGUGGGCGGGGGUUAACGCAGCCCGCGCCGCACUUUCCAUGCCCACGGCAACGCUAUCUCGGACUGAGAGUUACAUCGGAGUUUUGAUCGACGAUCUUGUCACGCGAGGUGUGACGGAACCUUACCGGAUGUUUACCAGUCGGGCUGAAUUUCGAACAUCUCUAAGACCGGACAACGCUGACUUGCGACUGACUCUGAAAGGGUUUGAGGAGGUGGGUUGCGUGUCCUCCGAGCGCUACCGCCAAACGGCGAGAGUGCGAGACAGUCUUCAAGAGGCGCUCGCAGCUCUUCAGGAAGUCUCUCUGUCGGCCACAAACUGGCGACGUCAACUUCCUCUCGAGUACAUCAGUGAGACGAAACCCGGCAAUCAAACUGGUUUGGAGGUGCUGCAGUUCAACGAUGUGACCUUUGAAAUGUUGACCUACGUGUUUCCAGAGCGCCUUUCGCAGUAUGCGGAAUUCUCACAAAGGCUGAAGAUAGAAGCCAUAUACAGGCCUCACUGCCUCCUCCAGCAGAAGGAGAUUGAGAGAAUUCAAAAAGAAGAGAGCAUGUCUCUCCCGGAGGACUUGGACUAUCUAUCUCUACCUGUGUCUCUCUCGCAAGAAGUCCGCGAGAUUUUGGACAGAGUUCGUCCAAGCACGUUGGGCGCAGCUACACGUUUGCAAGGAGUAACUCCAGCGGCCAUUGUCCACCUUCUCAACUACAUCCGUCCGCCAAGCAGGAAGGAGAGAAGAACGCACAGGAACUAA